UAGCCUGAUGUAGUAUUUGUCCAGAACCUCAGAGUCAAGCUUAAGGGAAAUAACACGUUCGUUAAAAAAAACUGAAAUGUAUUUGUCGUGAACAGUUUGAUCGCAUGGUGUCAGUGUUUUAAGACAAUAACGACCCUAGCUCGUCGUCACUGUUAUUUGGUCCCACCUCUUUGUAGCGUACUGAAUCCGACGCUGACGGGAGUCGGUGUUCUGCGAUAGCCUUAUAAAUAUUGUCCAGUUUUUUCCCCCAUUUUUUAAACAGAGUGACCAUUGGCUAAAUCGGAUGUCUUGAUUGCAUUAAUUUCAAUGCAAUUACUGAUCCCGCGAGGAAUCGUGAACAGUUUUGUUUGGGAUCAUGAAACAAAGAGGACGGGAGACGAGAAGGGCGAGAGGACGGUGGAUGUGCUCCGUGGUUGCGGUGCUUUUGUGGAGCGUGGCCACGGCGCAGUUGCGGUAUUCAAUCUCUGAGGAGGUUAACGAAGGGACUGUGGUUGGAAACGUCGCAAAAGAUCUUGGAUUAGAUAAGAACACGCUGAGAGAGAGGAAGUAUCGCAUUGUUUCCAGUAACGCGGAUCCUCUUUUCCAUGUAAAUCAGAACGAUGGCAUCCUGUAUGUGAGCCGGAAGAUCGACAGAGAGGAGGUGUGCGCGCAGAGCAGUACGUGUUUAAUCAAUCUAAAAACCGUUUUAGAAAACCCACUGGAGGUGCACUAUGUGGGAGUGGAGGUGCUGGAUAUAAAUGAUCAUUCUCCAAGUUUUCUGGAGAAGGAAAAAACGUUGGAGAUUUCAGAGUCCGUGUUACCCGGCGUACGUAUUCCCCUGAAAGCAUCACGAGAUCCAGACGGUGGUCAUUUUUCUGUUCAGCAGUAUAAACUCAGCCCAAACGACCACUUCCGUCUGGAGGUUAAAGAUAAAGGAGAAGAUGGUAAAAUACCCAUUUUAAUUGUGCAAAAAUCUUUGGAUAGGGAGGCAGCAGAAAGUCAUUCAUUAGUGCUGACUGCCAUGGAUGGAGGAAAACCUCCGAAAUCCGGUGAAAUGAAUAUACUGGUAAAGGUUUUAGAUGUGAAUGAUAACGCUCCUGUUUUCUCCCAGGACGUUUAUUCUGUGAUGCUGAAUGAAAAUGUUCCAGUAGAAACAAUUGUCAUACAAGUUAAUGCAACUGAUGUAGACGAAGGACAAAAUGGAGAUGUUGUUUAUUCGUUCAGCAACAGUGUGAGCCAUAGAUUGUUAAAGCUUUUUGAUAUUAAUCCAUCGACAGGUGAAAUAACUGUUAAAGGAUUAAUCAACUUUGAGGAAAAGGAUAAAUACGAAAUUGAAAUCCAAGCAUCAGAUAAAGGUCUUGCUCCUCUUUCGACUCAAAAAAGUGUCAUUAUCAAGAUAGUUGAUGUGAAUGACAAUGCACCUGAGAUUGAGGUCACCUCUUUUUCGAGCUCCAUCCCUGAAGACUCCAGACCUGGAACUACAGUCGCUCUAAUCAGUGUAAAUGACUUGGACUCUGGUCUUAAUGGAAAAGUUAUUUGCUCGAUCGGUGAGAAUGUUCCUUUUACUUUAUCACCAUCUUUACAAGAUAAGAUGUAUUCAUUAGUAACCAAAUCCCCUCUGGACAGAGAGAAACUGUCACAUUAUGAGUUGACCAUAACUGCAAAAGACGCUGGUCAACCUCCAUUAUCGUCUGAGAAGACAAUAAGUGUUGUGGUGUCAGAUGUGAAUGACAACAGUCCACAGUUUUCACUGAGCCCCUAUACUUUCUAUGUGACAGAGAGUAACAAUCCAGGCACCUCUGUGUUUUCUGUCAAAGCUUUUGAUGCGGAUGAGAAUGAGAAUGCACAUAUUUCUUAUCAUAUUCUCAGAGAUGGAAGCAAAGAUAAUAAACUGACUUCAUUUCUAAAUAUUAACUCUGAGAGCGGAGACAUCAUGGCUCUUAAAAGUUUUGAUUUUGAAACGGUGAAAACUUUCCAGUUCCACGUUGUAGCGUCAGAUUCUGGAACUCCGUCACUGAGCAGCAACGUCACAGUGAACGUGUUCAUUCUGGAUCAGAACGACAACGCUCCAGUCAUCCUGUAUCCAGUCAGCUCCAACGGUUCUGCUGAAGGUGUGGAGGAGAUUCCCCGCAAUGUGAACGCAGGACACUUGGUGACUAAAGUCAGAGCCUAUGACGCUGAUAUAGGAUAUAACGGCUGGUUACUGUUUUCACUGCAGGAAGUUACUGACCACAGUCUCUUUGGCUUGGACCGCUAUACAGGACAGAUCAGAACACUUCGCUCAUUCACAGAGACAGACGAGGCUGAGCACAAGCUGCUCAUACUGGUCAAAGACAAUGGGAACGUGUCACUCUCAGCAACAGCUACUGUCAUCGUCAAAGUCGUGGAGCCCAAAGAAGCUUUUGCAGCUUCUGAUGUUAAAAGCUCAACAAAAGCAGAGGAGGACAAUAAUGUGACUUUUUACCUGAUGAUAACUGUGGGCUCAGUUUCAGCUCUUUUUCUCGUCAGUAUCAUCGUGCUGAUUUCAAUGCAGUGCUCAAAGUCCACAGACUACACUUCUAAAUAUCUGCCAGAGCCUAAUUAUGAUGGGACACUGUGUCACAGCAUCCAGUACAGAUCUGGAGACAAACGCUACAUGUUAGUUGGACCCAGGAUGAGUAUAGGAUCUACUAUAGCCCCAGGAAGCCAUGCCAACACACUAAUGCUGCCUGACAGGAGAGGGAUAUCUGGAGAGAGUGGAUCCAGGAUGAGUAUAGGAUCUACUCUAGGCCCAGGAAGCCGUGCCAAUACACUAAUGCUGCCUGACAGGAGGGGGAUGUCUGGAGAGCCCAAGGCGCCAAAUGCAGACUGGAGAUAUUCAGCCUCCCUGAGAGCAGGAGGUGUAAUGCAGAGCUCAGUGCACAUGGAGGAGUCCUCGGUAAUGCAAGGAGCCCAGGGGGUCCUGGUUCAGAACUGGCCCACUGCUUCCAGUGCCGCUGAUGCUGAAGGCGGAGAGGUGUCCCCCCCAAUGGGCGCUGGUGUAGACAGCAACAGUUGGCACUUUCGCUAUGGCCCCGGCGGUCCCGGUGCACCGCCACAACACCUGAAGCCUGGCGAGGUUCCCCCAGAGGCCUUUAUCAUUCCCGGCUCCCCGGCCAUAAUAUCCAUCAGACAGAACCAGGGAGGAGAGGACGACAAGAGCGACUUCAUCACCUUUGGGAAGAAGGAGGAGGCCAAGAAGAAGAAGAAGAAGAAGAAGGAGAAGAAAGACAAGAAGGAUAAGGGGAAGGAUGAUGAUGAGUAGAGGAGCAGAAAGAGAGAACCGCAAAGAAGAAAAGGGCGUUGUUAAAACAGAGGUACCAACCAAAGUCCAUUGGGCAAAAAGAAAAUGUGAAAACUACCAUAGAUUUCCCAGUUUCACUAUAUUACCUAUUUUCACUAAUAACAAUAUCAAGUUCUCUGUUCUGAACCUGGCCUUAUGCACGAUUUAUUUUACCUUCAGUCUCUUUCUGGGGUAAAUUAUUGAUCUUGCCUUGAUAACCAAUAAAAUGAUUGAUUUAGCUCCGAGCCCCUAUGUGCCUAUACACCUGGAGUCAACUCAUGUCAGUCAUCCUUUCCUGUAAGAAAGGACCAAUCUUUGCCCCCGUCUUCAAUUUUUCUCCUCUAACCCAUGGAAACGUUGGCACCUCUGUCUUACCCCCUCCCCAACAAUGAUGUGUAAACCAUUCUCUCAGAGAGGAGACAAAUACUUUGUACAAGAACAACAAAAAGCUCUGUGCCAGCCAAGGAAAAGAAGAACGACGUAGAAAAAUGCGGAGCUGGACCCACACCACUUGUAAAUAGCACAGACGAGAGUCACUGAAACUAAGGCUAACACUACACUGCUGCAGAUUCCUCUGGUAAUACCAACAGUGUUUCCUAAGAUCUCAAUGAAACCACAUGCACACACACGCAUGAUCACACAUUCAAACAUGCAAACACGAGAAAACACACUGACCGUGGCAAGGUGGACACAUAAAGCACUUGAGAGAAGGAGAAAAAUUUAAAAAGAGAGAAAAACAACUGGCAUGAAAGAAAUGUGCUUUGAACAAGACACUGCAAGCUUUUUGCCCUGCACAUUUGCCUAUGCGGCGCACAUGUGUACAUCAACUCUCUCAGGAUGGAAGCGCCAUCCUUUGAAAUCACUCUGUAUUUGCUCACUGCAUUUGAAGGACACAGAGAGCUUCAUCUUCUGCCAGAACCCCAACUGAGGAAUGCAGAGAGCCCUGCAAAGAUGGGAAGUUACCUCACAUUCUCCUGAGGACCACAGAGGGAAGAGUCCAGCUGCGCUGGCUUCUGACUCCGCUUUCAGCCAGUGGACUCUGAUGAAAAUAAGUACAGAAUAUGAAGAGAGUCUCGAGAUUUUGAUAACACCUUCUCUUAUCCCCCUGCUGCAGCAAAAGCCUAAAGCUUUCUGCUUUGAAUGUUUGGUAGCAACCAGUCCUUACCUGAUACCUUGAGUUUACAACUGCUCACCUGCUCGAACUUGCCCAAAGUUGCCACGAGCCAACUUCUCCUCCCCCAGCAGCCUUUUCUACCCUCACGGUCACCCAUCCCACCAAUUGCCUCUUCAUCUGAUGAUGAAGUCUUCUGCUUUCAUUUGGUCUUGAAAGAGAUUCAUGAUGACAUGCACUGUUUUAUUUCUCCCUCAGUUUCAAAUGCUUUUUACUUCUCAUGCCUCCCCACAUUUACCCUCAGACACUUCCCCAGACCCCCGCUCUGACCCCCCCUGCUCAGGAUCAAUCCUGGGAACGGCCUGCGCUGAACAUUGUGGUGUGCUGGGAACAGCAUGGAGUAAUGUGGAUGAGGCCUGGGGAAGCCCAGUCGGGGGUGGACACCCUGAACUCUUGUCAGAUGUCUCUCUAAGUGCAAAACGGUUCAGUGCUUUUAACUUGUGAAUAUGCUGUUCAUUUUCCUGUUCUUAGCCACUGAUGAGAGGGGACCAUGUGGGAUGAAGCAGAUAAUAGGGAUGGAGGCAAAGUGAGGAGACAGGUGCCGUGGGCUGGCCCUCCCCCUCCAGGUAUAAGAGAAGAAAGUUUUUCUCCACAUUGAUUGUUUCGGAUCGUUGAGUCACAUAUUAGCUUUUUGGUACGCUGUAAAUAUAAGCGUAGACUUUAAUAGAUUGUCUCAUUAAUAAUUGAAACCUGCUAAAAAAUGUGGGCAUCUAGAGAUUCCCAUCCCACCUGCUAUAUCCCACCAAUCCUCUCUCAGGAGGUUUUGAAAAUGGGGCACUCGCAUGCCUCAAGACCGGCUUCUGUUGGUUCCCCUUCCCUGCCUGUAACUUGUUGCCACGUCCCCCAAAGUUUUGCGGCUCAGUAUGACGUCACUCCAUUAAGUGGCUGCUGCAUGUACUGCUCUAAGGAAACACAUACUAUAUAGAGAAAUAUAUAUAUAAAUAGAUAGAUGGCUAUGAUUUUAUUCUUUUGUAUUAUCAUUUUUCUUCAUUACUUGCACAGGAGAUAAUUGUAUGUACUACUGUCUCUUGCCAAACAUCUACGUUCUACAAUCUUCAUGCUCCACAGAUGUUGUAUGGCCAUCCACUGAACCUCUUUAGAUAUUUGUACAUGCUAUAGUGUGAUACCUUUCAACGCAAGUCUUUUUUUUUUCUUUUACCAAAUAUGAUUUUUGCUUUUGAGAAUAAGCAAAGCAAGAAAAAAAGAAAAAAAAAUCACUCUCUGUGUCUGCUUUUGACAUGACGAUCUAACUAAAACUGUAAUAUUGUAACUGAAAUAUGUAUGAUCCUAUGAUGAGCUAUCACUUCCCUUUCACUCUUAAAAAAAGACAAAAAAUGAAAGAAAAAAAUUGUCCAGUGUAAAAAAAGGUAUCUGUAGUAUAUUCUUGUGUUUAGUGAGCAUUCAUGCUGUCAUUCUUUCCCAAUGUAUGGUGGUGAACUAUGGUGGCACUGUGCUGUCCUAAAUGGAUCAGCCCAGUUCUGUGGUUGUAAAAAAAAAAACCUUUUUUGUACACCCGCUCAUCAGUUGUAACAGUGAAGUAGUGAAUUUCAUUUAUUUUCUGACUUUUUUUAUUUUACCUAGAUGGAAACAGUGGUAAUGUGUUUUGUUUAUAAAUCACUAAUAAAGUUUUCUUUCUUAAAAAUAAA